AUGGAAAACGUAUUGAAUACAUUUCCAAUAGACUUUUCCAAACCGCUGUUUUUGAGCUUCAGAAUUCUAAAAAAAUUGAAUGUCAAUUUUUUCGAUGAGCUGCUACCUAUUGUCUAUAUGAAUAUCGGUGUGGAGAUUCUAGUAUCAUCGCUGUCUGCUUUAUUGAGUACACAGUUCACUUUACUUCGCGAUGACUUGACUCAUUGUAAACAAAAUGAUUUACGAAAUAUCGUUAUGGAACAUCAAAUAUUAUUGAGAUUUUCAAAACAGUUAGACGAGAUAUCAAACGUCAUACUAUUCCUGGAUUUGGUGUUUGCUGGUGUCAUCAUAUGCUUUUUUGGCUUCGCUGCCACUAGUUUUGGUAUAACAGAUGCCGCUUAUAACAACAAAUGGUAUAACAGAAAUGCAAGCUAUCGUAGAACUAUUUUAUUCGUAAUGAAGAGGUCUCAGGAGCCGUGUGGUCUGACGUCAUUAAAAUAUUCACCAAUUACACUGAACACGUUCGCUAAGGUUGUUAGUACAACAUGGUCGUACUUUUCAUUAAUCAGAAACUUGUACGGCGAUCACAAUUGA